CAGCAUCCCGCAGAGCGUCGAGCCCGCGCCUUGGGCCUGAGGCUGCGGCGAUGAAGAUCUGGAGCUCGGAGCACGUGUUCGGCCAUCCUUGGGACACGGUGAUCAAGGCGGCCAUGAGGAAGUACCCUAACCCGAUGAACCCAUGCGUGGUGGGCGUGGAUGUGCUGGAGCGCAGUGUGGAUGGUUGUGGGCGCCUGCACAGUCUGCGCCUGCUCAGCACUGAAUGGGGGCUGCCUGGCCUCGUGCGUGCGAUUUUGGGAGCCAACAGGACCUUGACGUACAUCAAAGAGCGCUCUGUCGUGGAUCCGGCUGCCAGGAAAAUGGAGCUGUGUUCCACCAAUAUCACGCUCACAAAUUUGGUGUCAGUGAAUGAGAGGUUGGUGUACACACCUCAUCCAGAGAACCCUGAAAAGACUGUGCUCACUCAGGAAGCCAUCAUCACUGUGAAGGGGAUUAGCCUGGGAAGCUACCUGGAAAGUCUAAUGGCCACCACCAUAUCCUGCAAUGCAAAGAAGGGGUGGGCUGCCAUUGAGUGGAUAAUCGAACAUUCUGAGAGUGCCAUAAGCUAACAGGCCUGCAUCCAUGCCUGGUGACACAAGGGGCAGUCACAGUAACUUCGUAACCUGUCAGAUGUCUCACCAAAAAGAGUCAAAGGAGAAAGGAAAGAAGGAAGUACAGACGAAUAAAGAAGACGAGAGGCAAGUGUGGAUGUGGCUCCCGCCAAGUCUGGAAGAGGUAUCUGCUGGAAUCUCCCCUGUCCACAAUCACCUCCCAGUGCAGCAUCAGGCCAGGCACCAGCUCUGCGAGGCUGUUUGUGUGAGCCUGUUUCUUGGGAGUGCUGUGGAGCCCUGGUCUGCUGGGCUCUGCUAUAGGCACUGCCCCUGCGUUGGGUUUAAGUUUUUAUCUGCUUCUGGAAGGAGUGUCACCUCUGCUGGCUCUAGUCACUCCAUCAAAAGAGAGCUCCCCUUUCCUCAUGCCCUGUCAGCUAAGCCGGGGUAAGUCCCUCAAACCUUCCCCAGGGGCCUGGUUGCUGUCCUCUGUUCCUGGUGGCCCUAUGUCCUUCUAGUGUCCCACUUGCCUCUGUGAAGGAGAACGAGAAGUGGCUCUCUGGCCCUCAGGGCCCCAUCAUGCACUGCAUCCAUAAACAGUUCGGGAGCUUUCUACACAGGCCACCAUGGGUUCCAGCAGCAACUGGGAUUUUCACACUCAAGACUGGCCUUGAACUCUGUGUGACUGAAGAUGACCUUGAACUCUUCCUCCUGCUUCCCCAUUCCCAAGUCCUGAGAUUAUAGACUUGGGCCACUAUACUUGACUCUUUUUGGUUGUUGUUUUUGAGACAGAUCUUGCUAUGUAGCUCUGGCUGUUCUGAAACUCAUGGUAUUCCUCCUGCCUCAGCAUCUCAAGCGUUGGAAUCACAGGUGUGUAUACCAUGCCCACUAUGAGAUUCUUAUCAAGUUCCAACUGUCUUCUCAACAGGUUCGCCUGACGAGCCUGGUUGUCCCUUGAAGAGGGUGGGAACCCCUGCGAUGUACAAAGAGCUGUCCAGCUAGUUCCCUCCCUCCAUAUCCUGGGGUUCUGGGGUCUUGCUAGGGUGUGAGUGGUGGUUUUGUGCUCGUCCUAGACUGAAGCCCCUCCCCCCAUACCUACUUCGCCUUCCUGCCUCAGAGUUUCUGUGUUCCUCAUUUCUUUGUAGCAUUUUUUAUCAGUGUUUCUCAGUCAGGGACGUGAACAUGAGGUACUACCAUCUUUUGUUUUGAGACAAGGUCUCGUGUAACUUAGGUUGACCUUCAACUCACUGUAAAUGAGGCUGGUCUUCAUCUUCCACCUCUUACAAAUUACAAGUGAGACUGUUAUAUCUGGCUUUCUCUCUCUUUAAAUCAAGGUUGUUUAAGACAGACAGACAAGACCACACACACAUAAUCCAUGUUUGUAGUUUUAAAAAGAUAUAUUAAAUCUGUUGAAUAGUAGAGACCUCUGCUCUCCCUCUGAUGGUCCACUCACUGUUUUUAGACCCUUCUAGAACUUUCCCAUGCCUAUGAAAGUUAAUGUCUUUUGCUUUCAUUAAACCCAAUUCAUACUGUAACU